UGGUCUCCAUGGAGACGGUGGGCGGCUGCCAGGAGUCAGGCGGGACGGCGGCCAUGCUGCUGCGCCCCUAUUGCUGCCGCCGCCGGAAGCGGCCGCUUCGCGUUUCCGGUGACACGCCCCCUCCCCGCCAGCGGCCAAUGGGCAUCGCGCAGGGGUUGGGGGCGGGGCCAAUCGGCGCGGCGGGCGGGAGCGCGCGGCGCCAUUGUAACGCCGGAGGGAGAAUUCGAACGGGCGAAGCGCUCCGGACCCCCCCGGAUCGCCGAGCGGGAGCCGGGGCGGUGAGAGCCGCGGUCACCCAUGGGCUCCGGUGCCGCUCGCUGACCGGGUGCGAUGAUGGAGGAGCAAGCCGUGAGGAUGACGACGAUGACGAGGAGCCCCCGGGGGGCACGGGGGGGCAGUGGAGCCCCCUGAGCGGGGCCGGGCUGGAGGAGAUGGUGCGCGAGGCCACGCGCCUGGCGGCACAGCUGCAGCAAUGCCACCUGUCCCCGCUGCCCCCCGGCUCGGGGGGGGGCAGCCCCCGCAGCCCCCGCCGUGAGACCUUCGUGGUGAAGGACAGCCCCGUGCGGGCGCUGCUGCCCACCGUGCCCGCCGCCGGCGUCCCCAAGGAGUCCUCCCCUCGCCGUCACCCCCCGGCUGCACCCAAGGGAGCCCCCAGCAGCAGAGGGACCCCCAGCCAGGGUGGGCCCCCCCGGCAGUGCCCACCCCGUGGGGCUGCGGCGCGGGGCAGGUCCGAGCCCCUCCGUGCAGGGACAGCAGCUCAGCCAAAGCCGAAGAGCAGCACUGCCACCCCCCCGACCCGUGCACCCCGUGCCAGGGCCACCACCGCUGCCACCACUGUCCCCAGCAGCCGCCCCCCCCCACCUAGCGCCAUUCCCAAGCCCCCCGGCCGGGCUGGGACAUUGGGGACUGCACCAGGUGGGAGGGGACCCCCCCGGACCAGCACAGCUGCGCCCAGAGGUGCACCCCUCGGGGCGGGGGCUGGCUCGAGGUGCAGACCUGGCCCCCCCAGCAGCCGCCUGCAGCCCCCCCGCAAGACGGCAGCCAGCAGCACCCCGCGGUGACAGCAUCGCCCACCUGGGGAAACUGAGUCACGGGGAGGGGGGGAGGGGGGGGGCACAAUGAGACCCCUCCCCCGAGGGAGGAGGCAGAGGCUCAGGUCGGGUUUUGCUUUAAUUACAAAAGGUCACACCAGCAGUAGGAAACCCCCCCGGCCCACCCGCCCUGCGCACCCAGGGGUCCCUCACCCCCCCCCACCCGCAUCCUGCACCCAGCCCUAUGGCACCGCCUGAGCCUUGCCUCGGGGGGGGGGG